AUGUCAGCAUCAUUAGCCCCCGAGUGCAAUGAUAUCAAAGAAAAAUACGACACAUGUUUCCUCAAGUGGUAUAGCGAAAAAUAUCUCAGAGGCAAUUCGAAAGAUGAGUGUGCCGAUCUCUUCAAAAAGUACAACUCGUGUCUCGUGAAAGCACUCAAGGAUCGUGGUAUCGACACAAUGCUGGAAGAGGCAAAACAAGGGUCAAAAGAAAGUGAUACUGAACAUCUCAAGCGGUGA